ACGAAAUUAGUUAAGAGCGUCGUCACUCACUCACUCAUGGAGAAGGAAGUUGCUCAAAGAAAGGAGAAGGAAGAGUCACUGAGACUGGCGAUCGCUGUUUCUCUGCUACGAUCGAAGAUCCAGAACCGUCUAUCUUCUUCCCUUUGCGAUGCUCCCUCCGAAACCGAUCCUCUUCGCUGGAAACAGAAGAACCGUCGAUCGUCUUCCUCUACUUCCCGUGGCGAUGCUCCUCUCUCCGAAAGCGGUGCUCUUCGCUGGAAGCACAAGGCAAAAGAGAGGAAGAAAGAGAUUAUCAGACUACAGGAAGAUCUCAAGGAUGCUGAAAUUUUAGGUUGUGAUUUAUUCCCAGGGAAUGCUUCUUGCAAGUGUUAUUUCUUUGAUAGCUUGGGAGAAUGGCGGAUUGGAGAGGCCUCUGAACGGAGGUUUAACGAUGCUCUUCGUCGUAGAUUUCUCAGAAUAGCUUGUGUUGUCCUAGCAAGGAUAAGGGGGAGAAGGAAAUCAACUCGACCAUCUCAAAGAUUGCGACUCUCAGAACCGGAAUAUGAAGAAGAAGCAGAGCAGCUAAGGAUAUCUAUUGAUUUUCUCCUGGAACUGUCCCGUGCAGACUCCAAUGACGCUAAUUUCAGCAGCUGGUCACAUCAGGCUGUAGAUUUCAUAUUAGCUUCGCUGAAGAAGCUGAUAUGGAUGGGGAGAAACUUGGAACUUGUUGAAGAAUCUAUUAGUUCCAUGAUUACACAGUUAAUCGCAGCAAUGUGCACUCCUUUUAAAGGAAAUGAGGUGAAACAAUUAGAAACUAGUGUUGGGUUUUAUGUCCAACAUCUGAUCCGUCAACUGGGAAGUGAUCCAUACAUUGGACAGCGUGCAAUAUUUGCUAUUUCUCAGAGGAUAUCCAUUUUAGCGGAAAACAUACUGGUCGUGGACCCAUUUGAUGAAUCAUUUUCAGAGAUGGAUGAGUGCAUGUUUAUAUUGAUACAGCUAAUUGAGUUCCUGAUAUGUGAUUAUUUGUUAACUUGGGCAGAGAAUGAAGCAUUUGAGACUGUUGUGUUUGAGGAGUGGAUAUCAUCAGUAAUCCAUGCGAGGAAAGCAGUAGCUGCGUUGGAAGAAAGAAAUGGGUUGUAUCUUCUUUUCAUGGACCGAGUGACAGGGGAAUUAGCUAAACGAGUUGGUCAAGUCACAUCUUUCCGGGAGGUGGAGCCAGCCAUUUUGGACAAAAUCUUAGCCUACCCAGAAUGAUACCUUCCCAGGUCAUGUCGAUGAUGAAGUCGGUGUACCGAGGAAGCUUGGAGUUUUCAUAAGAAAAAGUAGAGGAUUCGGAUACAGAGGGCGUCCACACACCACCACCAGAUCGGCUUCUGCAACACUUCUGCCAGGCUCCUUCCAUGUUACUGCUUGCCUCGCCUCCUCUUUCUUACUGUCUCUCCUUCUCUAGCUUGUUUAUGUGUUUGGUCUGUGGUUUUCUAUUUAACUUACGAAAAUUGAUGUAGUAGAUAGUAUUGUUCCUUUGUAGUGUCAACAAGUGCUCUACGUGUAUAAACGUCAUGUAAGUGUGUACAUUUUGAAUGCUUGAUAUUGUGAACUUUAUUUACAGUUUGGUCUUUUCCAA